UUUUUUGUUCUCUCGUGCUUUGGAUUAAAUAGUUCCGAUAUUUGCUUUAACAUUUUUCUUAUAUGUUUUGACGACCGCCUCAUUUUUUAUUGUCAUAAUUCUUCAUAAACGUAAAAGUAGCGUAGCGUAAACGUUGAGCAUAGAAAGAAGAUAGCUAACCAUCCAGUUUGAGAUUGCUAAAACCUCAGUCAGUCGGCUUCUUCGCUCUGACUGUGAUGUCAGAUGUGAUCUCUCGCAUCCGUUCGUUUUCUUAAAUUUUGUACUUAAAUUUGCGAAAUUUUAUAGUUUCUGGCUUCUUCGAAAAGAAGGUAAUGUACAAACUAGCAUAGUGCGUAUCAAGACUACUACCUUACGUGUGCUGAGCGAAUAGCAAAACAAUGGGCGACGACCUGGACGACAAGGAAUAUCGGUGGGAGACUGGUUAUGAAAAGACGUGGGAAGCCAUUGAGGAGGAUGCGGACGGUUUACUGGACACGGCGAUUGCAGAAAUUAUAGAGAAGGGCAGAAGAAAACGACUUGAGGAGCGACGAGCAGCUGGCCAUGUACGUCUCGGAAUUAUGCGUCACUUGUACAUUAUCCUUGACCUAUCAAACUCUAUGAUGGACCAGGAUCUCAAACCAAAUAGGAUUUUAUGCACAAAGAAGAUUUUGGAAAAGUUUGUUGACGAAUUUUUUGACGGAAACCCAAUGAGCCAGUUGGGUUGGAUUGGUACAAGGAACAAAAAAUCUGAGAAAUUAGCCGAACUCAGUGGAAACCCGAGGAAACAUUUAGAAGUAGUGAGGUCAAUCACUGACAAAUAUCCUUGUGGAGGAGAACCCUCUUUUCAAAAUGCCUUAGAAUUGGCUUUGAGCUCGUUAAAGCACAUGCCGAGCCAUACAUCGAGAGAAGUGAUACUCAUUCAUGGUAGUUUGACUACGUGCGAUCCUGGCGAUAUCAAUAAUACAAUACAAGAACUAAAGAGCCAGAACGUCCGCUGUUCUGUAAUAUCACUUGCAGCAGAAGUUAGAGCAUGUAAAGCCCUUAGCAGGUCAACUGGAGGGAACUUUAAUGUUAUUUUGGAUGAUACUCAUUUUCAAGAUCUCGUUCAUGAACACGUCGAACCUCCACCCAUGGCAGGGUUGACCGAGUCGUCCCUUGUCAAAAUGGGAUUUCCUCAAAAGAAUCAAUCUGAUGAUCCAUCAAUGUGUCUCUGCCACUUGGAAGACACGAGUGCGUGCAAAUUAUCAACAGGGGGAUAUAUUUGUCCCCAGUGUAAAAGCAAGUACUGUGAACUUCCUGUGGAAUGCAAAGUCUGUGGGCUGACCUUAGUUUCAGCUCCGCAUUUGGCAAGAUCCUUUCUCCAUAUUUUCCCAUUGGAACCUUUUGAUGAGAUCGAUCCGGUAGAUUGCAUUUGCUUCGGAUGUCACAAAUCUUUACCAGAUAACCAUAAGCAUAUAUAUCGUUGUAAGCAAUGCAACCGUCGAGUUUGCAGUGACUGUGAUUUAUUUUUACAUGAAACUCUUCAUUGUUGUCCAGGAUGCUCUUCUUCUAUUACAUCUGCCAAUCAGCUAAACUUUUAGCUACAUUACACUUUUUUAUAAAAAAACCCCUAUAUUCUCGUUUCGCAAAUGCUGUAAGAAUAUCAAUAAAAAUAGACUUGAGACGAAAGUUGGCGUUUUUUUGUGGAUUUUAUUCAAUUAUUAUAUUUUUAUCUUUUACAAUAAAACAACAGUACAGUCAAAGUUAUUACAACAAAAAUUUUAACGCGAUAAUUGUAAAGAGAAACAAAUGUAAUUAAAUAAAUUGCGAUUUCCGAAAAAUAUGUAACUUUGAAGAAUUAGUGCAUUAGAAUACAUGUAUAUCUAUAUUAAAAUUUGAAGUAAUCAAUCAAGUUAUUUCUACACGAGGUAAAUUAAAGUUAAACAAGUCAUUCGAAUACCAAACCAAUACUAUUAAUAUUAAUUAACCUUCUAUUUAAUAUAUGCAAUGAGCUCUCAUCUACUACUUUCUUACCCUAUCUUAUUCAACAUUAGGAAACAGAUCUGGAUUUGAAUUUCAGUUUAAUUAUUAGAAACUUCACCAAUUAUCAUUCUUCUGCAGGGUAAAUAUUUUCGUAAUUUAUGUAUAUAAUAA